AUGUUUGUCUAUGUUUUUGAAAAAAAAUUGGGGGUAUCAGAUAUUGCAGCUAGUUCUUUGAAUAAAAUAGACACAUACAGCGACUUGGAAAAAUGUAUUAAACUCUUUGAUAUUAUGCCAAUGUGUCAAGGUGCGGUUCCAUUGUUCCAAAAUAGGGAUUUAAAAUUAUCAUCUAGUCCAGUUGAAUCAAGUGGCAUGUGGUGGCAUUCAAAAUGUUGUACAAUACUUCCUAAAGAAAACAGUAGUGAUAAGGCCAAUGUAAGAGUUGGACGUUUACAAAAUCAUUUAAAAGAAGUGCAAAAUCAAAUGAAGCUCGUCACUCAAUCUACUUUAGACAAAAUGUUGGAAAGUUCUAAAAUUCCUAAGUGUCAAAGUGAAUUGAUUAAUGACAUUUUUAAAGCUGCUAGAUUGAAGAACCCCAAAAACAGAAAAUACAUUUUACUUUGUAUGCUUUUCUAAAUUAGAUCUCCAAGUGGUUACAAAUUUAUACGAGACCAAAAUAUAUUGCCACUCCCAUGUGUCAAUACAAUUAGAAAACAUUUAUUGGGAAUAGAAAUUGGUUGUGGAUUCGAUCCAAACUUUUUCAAGCUUUUGAAAAAGAAGUUUGACACUAAAACUGAACAACAAAAACAAGGAAUUUUGGUUUUGGAUGAAAUUUUCCUACGAGAAAAUAUUAGUGUCAAUAGUCGUUCAUUAACAUACUUGGGGUUGGAAGAUUUUGGUCAUGAAUUGGAAAAUAAAAUAGAUGGUUCCCAAAAAGACAACCACGCUUUGGUUUUUAUGUGGCAAAGUUUGGAAGAAAAAUUUGUCGUACCAAUUGCCGUAUUUGCUUCACAUGGAACUGUUAAAGGUUCUUUUAUAUUCACUGUAAAAAUAACUUCCAAUUUCAACCAAUCGAAAAACGUAUCACCGUUCAUCUCAUCGUGGUAG